AUGACAGUUUGCUUCGCUGCUGGUAACGACGGAGAUGAGCCUACUCGUCUUGGCCACAUUGGUGCACAAGCAGCGGCCAAGAACUGCAUCGCUGUUGGAUCAUGCGAUAAUCAGCGCAAAGCCAAGGACAAAAUGUUCGAGGCCUUCGACGCCGAUGGAGUUGUCGAGGGCAAUCCCAAUAACAUCUCCCAUUUCAGUAGUCGUGGGCCAACACUAGAGAGACGUAUCAAACCUGAUGUCGUAGCUCCAGGUGCCAUGAUUCUGUCGGCAAUGUCGAGAGAUGCAAAGCCGGAUGACAGAUUCGGUCGUUCAAGUGACCCUGCGUGGAUGUUUCUUUCGGGCACUAGCAUGGCUACUCCGCUUGUCGCAGGCUGUGUUGCCGUUCUCCGCGAGACACUGCAAAAGGACGGUGUAGCCUCUCCAAGUGCCGCUCUGCUCAAAGCUUUGCUUGUCAACGGUGCUGUUAACACGGGCAAGAAAGCUGAAGCCCAGGGCUUCGGCCGCGUUGACCUCGCCAACUCCAUCAUCCUCAAAGGCAUAACUACCAACAAGGGCUACCUUGAGGGGGAGCUUGUCGAUAAUGAUGACGAAGAUGAGUUUAUUAAAACACUCAACCUUGGAGACCUUCUCAUGCCUGAUGGGCCAGACUCGGAAACUGUUACAUUAAAGGUCACUAUGGUGUACUCCGAUCUUCCUGGUGCUGCUCUGCAGAACAACAUCAAUCUUCAGGUUGCUGUUGGUGAUGCGCCGAGUAGAUUCGGAAACUUAGGUGAUAGACCUGAUGAUGUGAGCAACGUGGAGCAGGUUAUUUGGAGUGGUAUACCUGCUGAGAGGGACACUAAGAUCACGCUUAGUGUCACUGAGCCGAGGACUCUGCUUGGGCAUAAGCAAGCUUUUGCUCUGGUUUGGAGUGUGAUUUGA